UAGGCUUACAAGGAGAGCCCUUGAAUAAUCACAGACAGUCACUUUUGGCUUCGGGGCACCGGCUCGAACCCAAUGCAUCAGCCAAAAUUCUAUUAUGUCGACUCCGUGAGCUUCAGAGAGCAUGUGAUAAACAGCUACCAUCAUCGUACUCAUGGUGGCUCAGUGGAUAUGACACGGCCUUCAAGAUUAUAAUCUUUGACGACAUUCGAGAGUCCACGAGGAGCUUUUUUGAAUGUGAAAAAAAUUCGACAAUAGUAACCGAUUCCGAUGUUCAUCAGACAAUAACCGAAACAUCUAGAUAAAAAACGAAUGUGUGGAAAAUAGAGGGCGUGCGAGUCACCUAAAUAUUACGAUGUAUCGUUGUGUUUAUUGUUUCGUCCCGGUGGCCUUAUCAUGGGCCCCAAGCCAUCUCUGUCUAAAAAAUUUCAACUUUCUUCACGUGGACGAAUACAGCUUGGUAACCGGUCAUGAAGCUCCGCAUAACAACAAUGAAGAGGCGGUCUGCGUAAGUGCUGAGCUUCAGGUCGAUAAACAUUGGACCACAGUUGUUACGUAUAUGGAAAUGAACACAGACAUUCUAACUGACCAGACGGUUGAUGGACCCUUCAACAGAUCUUGUGCAAAAGAAACAAUCAAAGGAUGGGUGUCAAAGACUGUAUCGAAGUAUGCAGUUUUGAAAAGAGCAACAGUACGAAUUUCAUUGACAGAAAUGGAUCUUAUCUUCUCUGACCCCGAGAAACGCUUACUACACUUAAUAGGGCUUAUCCCAGAAUAUGUAAUGUCAAUGCCGGAAUGAUUGUAUAUGAAUAUUAUAAUAUCGAUGUAAAAUUUACAGUUGGUCACAUUACUUGAAAAUUUUCUAUAAAUAAAAUAAUUUUUGCAUCAGUCACCCCUAAUACUUUUGUAUGUAAAAUAAAUUAUAUAUAGAAUUUA